AUGAAAAGAAGCAACGAUGUCAAACCCAACAAGAUAAACAAAGACGACUUGCUCAACAGAGAUGUUUUCGGCAGAAGCAUCCUCCACAUCACCAUUCUUGUGAACGACACCGAUGCCUUUGGCUCGUUGGUAAAGAAUGCCAACUUCAAAACCGUUUUAACCUUGCUCGAUUACGAAAAUGGAUGGAACUGUAUGCACUAUAUAAUUUUCUACAGGAGGAUCCGCUGCUUUGCCAUCUUGAUGCAGUAUCUUCAAAAUGCCAGUUUGCAAGGCGUGUUUUCCCCAAAUGGCGUUUUCAUCGAGUUGUUGAAGUGUAAGGAUCGAGCUGGCAUCACUCCAAUGCAGUUGAUUCAAAUUAAGCACUUUCCAUCUUUGUAUAUUGGUAUUGAUGAUGAGUUGCAUGCUAGAGCCGGAAAACAUGGGAAAAAAGUUUAUGAGGAUCAUGAAGAUGCUCGUGAAAAUGAACAAGACGAAUUCCAUCUGACUGAAAAAGGCAUUACUAAACUGGCUGCUGGCGCUGGAACUUCGGAAAUGUAUGUAUUUGGAAGCAACACCAAUGACCAGUUUGGCUUUGGUGAUGCAAAGAAUCGAACGGCACCAUCAAGAAUUCCCCAUGACGCGUUCAUGCACCAGUUGGGCGCCGAUGCGCCUUUGCACAAGGCAUUGCAAAAACCCACUUACAAAGACAUUUGGAUCACCAAACACCAUGCAGUGGUUUUAACGGCAACGGGCGAAUUAUAUUCAUGUGGCUUGGGUUCAAGAGGUCGUCUCGGCCACGGUGAUGAAAAAAAUUGCCGUUUUUUCACAAGAUUGGAAUUUUUUGACCCUUUGGAGCCAACUCGAGUGGAAAAAGUGGCUCUAUCGAAUAAUCACGCAGUGGCUUUGACUGCAUCAAACGAAGUCUUUGCUUGGGGCUCCAACAGCUUCAAUCAAUUGGGUGUAAAUUCAUUGAAAAAAUCAACGAAAAAAAGCUACUUGGAUGAGUUUAUUUCAUCACCUGUGUUGGUUGGAGGAGAGAUUAGAAAGCAAAACCAGAAGAUACUUGGCGUUUGUGCGUCAAAGAUCCACUCUGUGGCAUGGUCAAAGAACCUGCUAUAUUUCUGGGGAUUGAAUGUUGGCCAAAUGGGAUUGGCGUGUCUUGCAGGAGAUAUCGAGGUCAAGUUGAAUGACCAAUCUUGGAAAGGAGAAAUCCAGUCGAGUUCGAAAAUGGUGAGCUUGAGAGAUGAGAUCAAAUUUGUAAGCACCUGCGAGCUUUGCACUUGCGUUGUGACCCAGAUGAAUGAUAUUCAUGUCUACUACAACUACCAGCAUUAUAAACUUCCCAAAGUGAAAGCUUUUAAAGAUCUGCACUUUGACCUAUUCAAGCCUCGCAGGCUUACAGCGGCUACCACGAUCAACAAGAUUGUAACCCGUGGUCCUGAAAAUACAAUGAUUCUUGUUGGAGACGGCUCGAUAUUGAGCUUUCUGGUCAACUUGGCCGAUGUGAAAAGUACCAAGUACUCAACGAUUUGGAAACCGCACACGUUGGAAAUGAAAGCAAUCGAUUUUGAUUUGGCCAAUGACUCGUCCAUAGUUUUAUGCACGCGAAAUGGAUCUGUGCUUUUGAAAUCGCUGUCGAGCCAGCACAAGAACUCCUUGAGUGGUGUGACAUUGCCUAUCCCAGUGAGUAAGAACAAGUUUAAGAAGAUUGAGAGCUUGAACCAUAUUGUGAAAGUCAAGUGUGAUCUGAGGUUUGCCUCGUUUGCAUUUAUUCGACGCGACGUGAAAAUCUUGCCUUGCGAGAUUUGGAGGGAUGAUUUUGCACAAGAUUUGAAACUGUUAUCACCAGCAUUUGAGGUACAGGUGCCAGAAAUGGAAAAUGGGCAACUGCAGCAGUUGCUGAGAAAUCCGGUUGACAGGACGGCCAUUGGCGGAUUCCUUGAGAAUAAAAGCUUGGAACCAGUACAAAAAACUUGUGCCUCCCAGGAGAUUGCAUUAUGGGAUAACGACGCUUUCGAUUAUUCCAACAGAGGCUUUGACGCACACGUGGUCACAAACAAGGGGGUACGAAUUGGCUUUCACGUUGAUAUAUUCAAGCUGGCAUCCAAAGUGUUUGACCAGUUGAUUUCUGGAGACGAUGAUUUAGUUGUGGGAAAUUCUUUUGAAGCCAAAUGGGACAAGGAAAAGUCUGAGUUGCUUGUGAAAUCCGACUUGAAAGUAAAAGCCCUUUUAUGGUUUAUCCACUCGAUGUACGACUCCUCAUUCACCGUGCAAAGAUUGCCUGGAGAGAAACAAGUGUACGAAGAAUACUCGAAUAUCUGCGCAGUUUUCCCCUUGCACCAAAGGCAAAGAGAUCUUGCUGGAUUAUUGGAUGAAGGAGAUGUGCUAUUCAAGUUGAAGGAUGGAUCCAUGCGAGGGCACUCGUACAUCUUGGCGUCGAGAUCGGCAUUUUUUGAGACAAUUUUAUCUGAGAGAUGGAAUAGUAAAGGUAAACCACCUCCCUUGGAUUUCAGUGGAUUGGCAAAGAAGCAAAUGACUACAAUUCUAGCGCACUUGUAUGGGGUCGACAGCAGCGAAAUUAUCAAUACUUAUGAUUUCGAGUUUGACAGUGGUGCUGUGAAUGACGCUGAAGUUAUCAACCAGCUUUUGGAAAUGAUUGAGAUUGCAGACGAAUUGUUGUUGUUCAAUUUAAAAGCCAUUUUUGAGCUUGUUCUUUGUGAUGUUAUCAAUUUGGACAAUGUCUUGGUAUUGCUCAUCCAUGCUGAUAACCUAUCUGCCAAAAAAUUAUUCAAAAACUGUUGUUGGUACAUUUACGCCAACUUGGAUGUUCUUUUAUAUGACCCGACCUUGUGUGAAUUGUCGCUGUCGGUUCUUUCAAAGCUUGAGUUGCUGGGCAAGAUUCUUGACGAGCUCGAGUUUUACCGAGCUGAACAAGCUGAGGAUGAAGUAAACCUGGAGAAGGAGCAACUGCAAGGAGGGGAAAAGAGCUCGAUUUGUGGUGGUGAUGGCAAGAACGAUGUAUCACCAGUGAUAAAAGUGUCUGAGUUUGUUGAAAACUUGCAACACUUUAAUGAGACUUUUAUGAGUGAUCGGAAAGGAUAUUCAUCUUUUGAGCCGUUGGUCGAUAGCAGGCUUGAGGUGAAGAUUAAAGAUUUAAGUAAGAGGAGGAAAUCAAGGAAAAGCUCCACAACGGCUAGUUCAGAGGUGAAAGAGUUUAGAGAAAGCUUACGCAGAGGCAGUGUAAAUGGCAGUGGCAAUGGAAAUGGAAAUGAAAAUGGCAAUGGCAAUGGAAAUGGAAAUGGCAAUGGCAAUGGAAAUAGCAAUGGAAAUGCAAGUGCAAGUGCAGGUGCAUUGGAAAAGUUCAAGCUGAGCGAAUCAAUUCCAGAUGACCCAUUUGGUGAGGGUUUGUCUCUUCUUGCAAGAGAGAAGGAUGCGAAAUCCGUUGCUUUCAAUUUAGAUUCCACCAAAAGGGCCCCGGUAACUGAACCUUCAAGUCUAGUGACAACUUGGGGUGCUUCUACUGAUGUCGUUUUGGAUGAAAAUAAGCGACCCAAACCAAAGAAAAUUGGUCCACACAUCAAGCUCUCGCAAAAGGAGAGGAAGAAACUUGCCGCAGCUGCAGCUGCAGCUGCAUCGGCAGCAGCUUCUCUUGAGAAGGACAACAAAAUUAAAGAACCAAACGCUAAACCAAACAUUGCACCUUGGGCCAGUAUUAGCACUACUACUACUAGUGUUAGUGCUGCGGCAGCUAAUGAUGAAGGAAACUCAAAAUUCCCCACGCUUGGAGCAAACUUUGUUAAGAGAAGAGAUGCUACUCCAACUUCGUCGAGAUGCACAACUCCAAUUGACUCAUUGGGUAAUGGUGGUAAUGGUAAUUUCCUUCCACAAAAUUCAUCUAGCUCGUCAUCGUUAUCCAGUGUAUAUUCCACGCCAUCAUUGGCCGAGUUGUAUACCAGGAAUGACGCAGUUGAGAAUCCCAAGACUUUAGCCGAGAUUCAAAAGGAGCAAGAGUUUAACAAAUGGUGGCACGAAGAGUCAAUGAGGGUGCAGAGAGAAAUGGGGAUUUUGAACGAACCAAAGCCAAAGUCUGGUAAUGGCCACAACCGGGGCUCAUCACCUAAAAUCCAGAAUCGAAAAGGUUCCACCUCAACGUCAGCACCAACGUCAAAUCGGUCGAAUAAUGGUUCAACUUCGAAGCAAAACAGUCGAAAAAAGACGUCGGUGAGUUGA